AUGGACGCAGAAUCCCUCGAAUACACUAUACCUUUCCAGUUGACCAAGACAAUUCGCCGUGAUCCCUACGACGCCCUCCAAGGGAUCUCGGCUGCUGGGAAGAUCAUCGUUAUCACGGGUGGUGGUACCGGCAUCGGAGCCGCAGCCGCUCUAGUCUGGGCUCGUGCAGAGGCCGAAGGUGUCGUCGUUGCAGGUCGACGACUCGACAAACUCGAAGAGACAGUGUCUCAAGUCCGUGCUCUGAACAAUGGAAAGACCAAAGCCCUAGCAGUGCAGACUGAUCUUGUCAAAGAUGAAGACGUGCAAAAUCUGUUUGCUCAGACCAUUAAGACGUUUGGCAGAUCGCCCGACGUGGUUCUUGCCAAUGCUGGUAUGGUCGCCACAGUCCCGAUCGGUGAACAAGGUCCGGAUGACUGGUGGAAUAUUGUGGGAGUCAACUUGAAGGGCGUCUACGCCACUGCUCAUCAUUUCAUCAAAUCACAGCCCAACCCGAAAGAGCCCGUGGGCACAUUCAUCGCCGUCAACUCGGGGCUGGCUGGCCUCGUCGUCCCCGGAAUGUCCGCAUACUCCAUCUCCAAACUUGCUGGACAGCGGUUUGUCGAGUAUCUGCAAUCAGAAUAUCCUUCUUUCCGAUCGUUCUGCAUGUUCCCAGGCAUUGUGCAGACAGCGAUGGUUACUGCUACCGAAAAUCAUUUCGCCAAGUAUGCCAAAGAUCAUCCGGAUCUUACAGGACUAUUAGCUCUGUACUUGUCGACUGCCCGGGCAGACUUCUUGAAGGGUGGGCUUACCAGUAUUAACUGGGACGUGGAAGAGAUGGAGGGUCAUCAAGACGAAAUUACAAAGCAAAAGUUGCUGCAGAUCAAAUGGAUACCUCUCCUGCCGGCUAGUGGUGGUCAGGGGUUUUAGCCGGGAUCAUUCAUUAUAGGCUUGGGCAUCUAGGUUCAUCUACUUUUUAAGGGUCCGGGGUCUCCGGGGUCUCCGGGGUCACACGUGUAUUGACGCCUAUUACAUUGACAUGACGUCU